GCCGCCCAGGCUCUCACACGGAGGGGUGGGGCACAGAGACUGAGAGAGACAUCGCAGGCGCCGCCUACUCCUUCCCCCGGAAAUGGAGGCCGCGGAGGAGGCUGCCGCAGUGGCACCACCUCAGCCUUCCGAGCUGGUGGCAGAGCCCUCUCCAGUAACCUGGGGGGAUAAGUCAGGAGACAUUGCUCCUUACGACUUGACCAUCCUUCACUUCAACGAUGUGUACGACGUGGACCCGAGGCCUGAGGAGCCCGUAGGAGGCGCCGCUAGAUUUGCAACAGCUGUGAAAAAGUUCCGUUUCCUGAAUCCACUUUUGAUUUUUAGUGGGGACUGCUUAAAUCCUUCAGUUUUAAGUACAAUAACAAAAGGAAAGCACAUGAUUCCUAUAUUAAAUGAAUUGGGAGUACAUUUUGCAGUUUUUGGAAACCAUGAGUUUGAUUUUGGUGUGGAUAUUUUGGAAGAAUACAUGAAACAAAUGCACUUUACGUGGUUUCUCAGUAAUGUCUAUGACAGAUUUACUUCUGAACCUCUUGGACAUGGUGCAGUAAAAAAAAUAGUUAGUUGGAACAAUAUAAAAAUUGGCUUAAUGGGGUUAGUUGAAGAAGAUUGGCUGGAUACAUUGGCUACAGUUAAUAAGUCACAUGUAAACUAUAAGGAUUAUGUCGAAGUUGCUAAUAAAAUAGCAGUAGAACUUAAAGAAGAAGGAGCAGAUCUUGUUAUUGCAAUAACUCAUAUGAAAUGGGGAAAUGAUACAAGGCUUGCCCAAAGAGCAGAAGCAGUCAAUUUGAUUCUAGGAGGCCAUGACCAUGAUUAUGGAAUCAAGAAGGUGAAUGAAACUUGGAUUGUCAAAAGUGGAUCUGAUUUUAAAACCUUGACAAAAAUAAAUAUAAGACUCUUUGGUACAUCUUUCCAGUAUGUAUUUGAGAAAGUAGACAUUUUGAAUUAUUUGGAAGAAGAUUCAUAUAUUAAAGCCAUAGUAAAAGAUUUUACUCAAAACAUACAGUAUAUGUUAAAAGAAGUUCUCUGCCCAAUUGAUAUGGAACUAGAUGGCCGUGAAAUUACUGUAAGAAGAUCUGAGAGCAAUCUUGGAAAUUUGGUAACUAAUGCAAUGUUGGAAGCUACUCGUGCUGAUGUAGCACUACUUAAUUCAGGCACUCUCAGAUCUGAUCGAAUACAUCCAGCAGGGAAUUUCACUUUGCAUGAUCUUUUGGCUAUUCUUCCCAUAGUGGACCCAGUUUUAGUUGUCAGAAUAACAGGUGCUCAGCUGCUUGAAGCGCUUGAAAAUGGGGUUUACAAGUACCCAGCUCUAGAUGGGAGAUUUCCUCAAGUUGCUGGAAUAGAAUUUGGAUUUGAUCCAGAUGCAGAACCAGGACACCGAAUCAUAAGAGAUACUGUAAAAGUUCAAGGACAGUACUUGAGGAAAAAAAAAAUUUACCUUCUUGCUAUUAAGGAGUACAUUGCAAAUGGGAAGGAUGGCUACAGUGUGCUUAAAAGUUGUCCUCGAAUGUUUGACACAGAAACUGCACAAGUACUUUCUACAGUAGUCAUGAAUCACUUUGAAUCAAUAAAAAUUGUGCAGGGAAGGAAGCAGUGCCUUUCAGGCCAUCGGAUGAGUUUAAUUACUACUACAAACAAAUCACCAUCACUAACAGCCUUUGAGGAAGAAUCAGAUAAACCAUCAGCAGUAAUUGCAGUACCUGGCAUAGAAGGACGGAUUUGUCAUAUUUCUCAGGACAUGAAAGAACAUUUGCACCAACUUAGAACUGAAAAAAAACAAGGCUUAAGAGCUUUCCCCACUGUUAGUGAUAAUACAUCUGAAAAUUCUGAUUCUGAUUGAAAUAUUGUAUAGGCAAUAUGUUUUAUUAGUCAAUGCCAAAAUCAUCUGAACAAUUAACUUUAGCAUUGUUAAGCAUAGUGACAUAAUUUUUAUUCUUUUGUAUUGUUCUGGAAUUAGUUUUAAUACUAGUGAUAUUGCUCUAAAUGGUCUUCUUUUCAUUUUAUUCUUAUCAAGUCAUGUAACUUUCACUGUUCAGUAUGUUAUACAGGAAACAAUAUAUGUAUACUUAUGAACAUGUUUGUGAUUUAAGUAUAUACAUAUCAUAAUGUUUCCAGAUUAAAUGACUUCAAUGCUCACCUUUUCACAGUACUUAUUUAUAUGUUAUCCUUUUUCCCACUUUAUUUUGCUUUGCUUAAUUUUUUUCUGUCUGAAUGAAAUAUAUGUCCUUUUCCUUCUGUUGGCUUAAAGCCACUUUAUUCACUCUCUAUUAUGACUCAUACUUGAUUCAGAAUAGGGAAAAAUAAGACAAAUGUAUAUACCACUGAUUAUUAUUAUUCUUUUUUCCAGUAAAUGAUGAUGAAGUUGUAAGGUAUAGCAAUGUGAUAUUAAAUAUUUUAUUUUUAGAAGUC